AUGGACGACGACGACCCUCCUACCCCGGAGCUUCCUUCCGUCCCUGAACCCAGCCAGAAGGAGGUUUUUGGAGACUCCCCAACCCAGGCCGAAUCGCCGACGGAGCCCGAGGUCGUCCGUCCCCGUCAACAAUCGUCGCCUCCAUCCCCGCCUCCAUCUAGGACAGUGGUGACCAGGCGUCGCUCUCCUUUACCUGUAGACGGGAGCGACGAUGAGGUUGUGAUGAUCGGGGAGUCCCCGGCACCGCCUUCUUACAAACGUCUGCGUGCCAGCGCACCUCAGCAGGAGAGGCGUGUGAUUCCACGCAGCGGCACGAAGGCAAGUCCUUACUCUGUGCCCGAUACGCCGCUGCGCGAGCUCUCGCGGACCGUGUCCCCUCCCACCUCUGGAAGCCGGCGAACCCUCCCCCGCCGCCCCAGCAGCCAGUCGGCCCUCCCCGAAGAGGUCCGGUAUCGCCUUGCUCGUAAGCUACGUGAUCCCCCACAUAGCUGA